CAUUUGCGCAAGUGCAUUAACAAUUGUAAGUCAAAUGCAUCUUUAGGUGUUUCUGAUUCCAGCAUGGCAGUCCAGUGUUGGUGGAAGUCGAGCGAUUCUCAGUUCACUAACAGCAGAUUUGUGGUUGGAAGUGAUGCCUGGUGUUCCACGUGAACGCGCACAAUGCCCUCGUUUCCCAAAUGUUCAGAUUGGUUGCUGAAGUGUCGGAGGAUAUCACGUCUAACACAUAACACGACCUUUAAUUAGAAACUUGCCGGGUUUUUUUUCUCUCUUUCCCAUCCCCGGAGGCGAACACCUCGCAUAUCUCUCUCGCUCUCCCUCUCUCUGCAGCAUUAAUAAACAUCCUUGUAUCCUGCCCUCGGGCUGCACCAGUGAAAAGAUGCAAACAUACUUCAUUAGAGCUGUGGCAAUAAUUUGUAAGCUAAAUAUGCGAUGGGGCAGAUGAGAAAACGAUCUGAUAAGACUCGCACAGACGCUCAAGGUGGGAGAGACGCUAAGGCACUGUGAAGGCGCAUCAGCAGUAUCAUUUCUCCAUGGCUUUCCCAUUUGUCUGCUUCCAGGAAGGGAGAAGCAUGUCACGCCUGUCUCUGACCCGGUCUCCGGUCUCUCCUCUGGCCACGCAGGGGAUUCCACUGCCGGCUCAGCUCACCAAAGCCAACGCGCCCGUUCACAUCGACGUGGGUGGCCACAUGUACACCAGCAGCCUGGCGACCCUCACCAAAUACCCAGACUCACGGAUCAGCCGGCUGUUUAACGGAACCGAGCCCAUCGUUCUGGACAGUUUAAAGCAGCAUUACUUCAUUGACAGGGACGGAGAGAUUUUCCGCUAUAUUCUCAGUUUCCUGCGAACCUGCAAACUGCUGCUGCCGGAUGACUUUAAGGACUUCCAUCUCCUGUACGAGGAGGCGCGUUAUUACCAGCUGAUGCCGAUGAUCAAGGAGCUGGAGCGGUGGAAGCAGGAGCGGGAGCAGAGGCGUCUGGCGCAGCCCUGCGACUGCCUGGUGGUCCGCGUGACCCCUGACCUCGGCGAGCGGAUCGCCCUCAGCGGGGAGAAGGUGCUCAUCGAGGAGAUCUUCCCCGAGACCGGUGACGUCAUGUGUAACUCAGUCAACGCUGGCUGGAACCAGGACCCGACCCACGUCAUCCGCUUCCCCCUGAACGGCUACUGCAGACUGAACUCGGUGCAGGUGUUGGAGCGUCUCUUCCAGAAGGGUUUCAGCGUGGCUGCGUCCUGCGGCGGCGGCGUGGACUCGUCUCAGUUCAGCGAGUAUGUUCUGUGUCGCGAGGACAGGAGGAGUCAGUCCACAAACACGCCCAUCAGGAUAAAGCAGGAGCCGCUGGACUAGAGACACGCGCUCAGGCCCUCGGCCCCUCGACACACACACACACACUCUCAGCGUUUAUAUGGGGAAUGUAAUCAAACUGCACCAGAAACCCAAAGAACUCCAGCAGGAUAUGAGCCCCGCCCUGUUCCACCCAAACCACCAAUCGGAGGACGUCCUCACGCAUACGGAACAUAGGCUCCGCCUCUCUGCCAGUGCAGUGUGUGUGUCAUUAUCUCGUGACAAUUGCGGCGCAGUGCUCACGAACAAAAAAAAAACGCCAUCGUCAGGGGCCGGGGGUCCAUUUUUUUGGAUUGUUUUUCAUUUCAUCCUUGUAUCUAAAGACGUUUUUCACUCCUUAUAGCACCAUGUUGUAUGCGGUUAGCAGUACUAGACUGGAGUUUUGUGUUUAUUUCUUUUGUGACAUGAAGGAUGAUGGGAGUGGUGUUCUGAAGGCAUUACGUUUGAGAGACUUUCCUGGCAGGAAAACGCUAUUGCGCCCUCGGGCUGCGUGGCCGAGCAGUCUGGGGUUUAAUGCGUUUGCUGCUGAAGGUUUCUUUGUUUAAAGGAGCUGCAAGCAAACGUGGCUAUUUCUGAAGCUAGAGCAUUAAGCAUAUCGUUAAACAUCUGAAAUUUUUAUAAGCUCGCCGAUGCUUGAAUCAAAUGAGUUCUGAACUAUACGGUACCUAUACAAAGAGUUGUGUGUGUCAAGAACAAAAUGUAAGGAGCUCGAGGCAAAACAUGGGCAGAUGAAGACGUAUGAUUGUGUCUGUACCGUACGUUUGCACUUAAAUGUGUCGUGAAAACAAGCCGCCCGCAUGUUUAAAGAUUCAGUGGAAAUAGACUGCAGUUGACAGAAUGAGGGUACUAACUAUGAUGCAUUAAUUUUUAAACCAUCUUUGCGAAUGAAUAAUUGUUAUUCAUCAGCCCAGUUUUAGUUUGAAGUUGUCCGUUUUCUAUUUUGAUGUCAAAAUGUUGUCGGAUGCUGAGUAAACGGUGGAUACGUUGUGAAAAAGGUGCUUGAUUUCAUCAGAUGUGUGUGUGAUGAAUGUGUCCAAAUGCUCAACACAGAGAACUAGCAUUCCAGAGAUGUAUUGUUUCUCUGUCUGGAAAAAAAUAUAUAUAUUGUUUGCAAAUAUAAAUCUUUUGCCAUAAAUUUUAUGUAAAAAAUUCUAACCGUUCCCUCAAAGCCAGUUUUUAAAUGCAUUAUUUAGCCUACUAGCUUUAACCCUUCUAUUG